AUGGGUGGAAAAAUUGAUAGAACUAUUAACAACGGAACAUCACCUCCUAUAUUCCGUAUAAAUGGUCAGAAUUUCCAUCGGAUUGGAAGUUUAUUGCCUGCUCUUGGCACUCAACCAAAAUUUGCACAGUUAUACAUUCACGAUACAGAGAAUGAGAUACAAAAUCGAUCCAACUCUUUCAGGACGGAAAACAAUGGUUCUGCAUUUCAUCUUGAUGUAGUUCAUGACAUUAAGCAAGACCUAGAUGAGCACAAUGUUUUGGUUAAGUCAUUCAGAAUGGCCAAGUCAUUUAUGGAAUCUAAUCCUACAAGUGAAAUUAGAAUGAGAUUAAUAGGGAAGAGGUCUAAAGAUGCUAGAACGUAUGCGCUACCAACUACUUCCGAGGUUGCUGCUCUCAUUGUUGGAGAUCUAGACCCUGGCAUGGGCGAACGUGAUAUUGUCGUCGAGUCUAGAUCGGGGAUGCUAAAACGAAUAAGUGAAUUAAACCCAGCAUAUCUACCAUUGCAAUACCCGCUUUUAUUUCCAUAUGGAGAGGAUGGUUUUAGGGAAGACAUGCAUUUUGCAACACAUGGUACUAAACAAAAUUUUGCAAGAAAGAGUGUUUCACAAAGAGAAUACUUCGCGUUCCGUGUUCACGAAAGAUCAAAUGAGAUUUCAACUAUAAUGUACGCUAAAAGGUUAUUCCAACAAUUCUUGGUUGAUGCGUAUACUAUGGUUGAAUCUUCGAGGUUGCUAUAUAUUCGGUCAAAUCAAAAAGCUUUGAGAUGUGAGGCGUACAAAGGUCUUUCUGAUGCGUUAACACGAGGUGAAGUUCAACCUAGCUCGCAAGGUAAAAGAAUAAUAUUACCUUCAAGUUUCACGGGAGGAGCAAGAUACAUGAUACAGAACUACCAAGACGCCAUGGCAAUUUGCAGAUCUAUAGGUUAUCCAAACCUGUUUAUUACCUUUACAUGUAAUCCUAAAUGGCCGGAGAUUCAACGCUUUUUGGAGAAAAUAAAUUUGAAAGCUGAAGAUCGUCCGGACAUUGUUUGCAAAGUUUUUAAGAUGAAGCUAGAUUGCUUAAUAAAAGAAAUAAAAUACGGCAAACUGUUUGGUCCGGUAAGGGCAGUGAUAUACACAAUUGAGUUUCAGAAACGCGGUCUUCCACACGCUCACAUAUUACUGUUCCUACAAGGGACGAGCUGCUUUGCCAAUCCUGCUUUUAUGGACACGAUCAUUUCUGCCGAGAUCCCAGACAAGUUGAUUGACGUUGAGUAUUACAAAGCUUUCGAAGAAUUCAUGGUUCACGGUCCGUGUGGUGUUGCCAGGAGCAAUUCACCGUCCAUGGUAAAUGGAAAGUGUUCGAAACAUUUUCCAAAAAGAUAUAUUGAUGCAUCCCAUUUUGACCAGGAUGGUUACCGGUUGUAUCGAAGAAGGGAUGAUAAGAGGACAAUAAAAAAAAUGGAAUAG